AUGGCUACUUGUUUAGACGAUUCCGUUAAUUUAAGUGAGUCAUUGUCAUUUGGUAUGAAUUUCUCAUCAGAUAUAUCACCACAAUGCUCGCCUAUGAAAUCCAAACCAGUUUCUUUGGACCAAUCUUUUAGUGCAAUUCAAGCAAUGUUCGAUUCAUCAGAUUCCGAAGUGGAGCCCUUUGAAAUAGAAACAAAAGACUAUUAUAUAUCACCUUCAAAGUCAAGGCUCUCUGAUUCUUCAAUUAUUGAAAAAGAACUCAAUGAAAAUAUCGUGAAACUAGCAGAUGAAGACGAAAUUCCGCAUACAAUCAGUGAAAUUAUUGUAAAAUACUGGUUUCACAUAGAUCAAUUUGAAGCCGGAAUUCCUGGAAAAGCUUUGGCUGUUACAAUCAUGGAUUAUCAUGAAUCUGUUCUCAAGCCUCAGAUUGCAAAUAAAAUUUAUACUCAGCUUGAUGAUAUCAGAACGACAAUUUCUUUAGAAGAUAACAUGAUUCUUUUCUAUUGUUCCUCAAUUGAGCUUUAUAAAAUGCUUUCAAAUAUGGAACAAUUUAUGUAUCUAGUUAAGAAAUUAGCAGAAAAAUCUGUUGAAUCUGUCGCUAAAGCAUUCGGAGGUCAAAUUGUUGCCAUGAUUUCAACGAUGCUAACAUAUGAUCAGCAAACGCCACAAUAUGAGCAAGUUCUCUCCGAUUUGAAAAACAUUCGAGAAAAUUUUUCGGAUAAGCUUGAGCUAUAUCAAAAUAUUAUUGAAUACGCAGACUGUGCAAUAACUAAUAUGAUAAUCACUGAUAAGCUACUAACAUCAAUCGAAGAAUUUAUUUGGGCAAACACAAAUUUAACAAUAAUUGAAACACAAUUGGAUAAGCCAUUCAAUAGAUUUAGGCAAGCUUUACUUGCAGUUGUUGCUCAUAAAGAAAUAUUAGCAAAUCCAAGUGCUUUAAAUGAAUUAAUACCGCUUUUACCACAUAACUUUAUUUAUUUUAUGUUCUGCAUGCAAGAUUUUAUUAAUUACCAACAACUUGAAGCAUUUGCACAAAAUAACCAUUUGAAUUUUAAUGUUAGGUGUGAUGAUUUCCUCUUCAAACCACAAAUUAUAGUUUUGCCUUCGAUUCAGUAA